AUGAGGAUGGCUCCGUCUCCCGGCUUAAAACGGAUCCAAGACAAGAGCUGGGCGAGCGUGCCAAGUCCCUCAGGUCAAGUGGACUUCCUUAUCAAGCUGAGAUGGUCUGGGCCCUCCCCGAACUUCAGAGCAACCACUCAGAGACUGGGCUGGACGCUGAGCAGUGUACACAACAGAAGGAGCAGUGAAGUCAAUGGACAGACAAAUGGCGGCGGUUCCAGGGGUGGAGAGGUGGACCAGACCGGAGCAGACUGCCCCUCCCCAAGCAUUGGGUCCCUCCUCGCGGCCGCGGGCAUCCCCAGGCCACCAUGA